AUGGGCAUUGAUGCGUGCAGUUGGGGCGGUCUACCAAAUUCUUCGAGAUCGCAUGUUGGACCCAUCGCCGCGCUCCUCCUACGCCCACCACCGCGACCGAACAUAACACAAAGCGUCGCGUCGGCAGCGGCAGCAGCGUUUCGUUACAAUGCACGAACCAUAUCGAACACUUCGAGACGGAAAUAUCGCGCAACGAAUAGGCGCAACAAGAGCUCAGUCUCGAACGACCCCAAGCCGAAGAAGCAAACCUCUGCGCCCCAAGCCACCCUCUCCCCCCAACCCGAAGCACCUCCAGAGUCCUCGAAAACUCCGAAAGAGCCGCCCAAGACUGACGCUGAUAAUGCUGCCGACUCCAGUAAAUACUUCUCCCUGCCGCACGCACUUCCACAUCUGAAGCGCCCAACCAAGGCAGAGCUGCUGGAAGCGGCGUCUGGGUUCUGGUCGCGCAUAAGAGUCCAUCUCAAAUGGCUGGCCAUCAGGAGCAAUCGCCCGUUCAACGCGGACGAAAUAUACGCCCUGUUCUCGUGGAUACUGGCUGCCCACUUCAUGUGGUUAUUGCUCGGAACUACGACUUUCAUCAUGCUGACGGUCUUCUUGAUCAAUACGGUUUUUGCCCAAGAGACGGUCGCCCAGUGGAUCGGCAACUACCUAACCAAGUCUUCUGGCAUCAAAGUCGUCUUUGAGUCCGCCGUGGUGCCCAAGUGGAAGGAUGGUGUCAUCUCCUUCAGGAAGGUCUUCGUAUCCCGACGACCGGGACAGAAGAACGCACAUGUCACCAAGGGGUCCUCUGCUUCAGCUGCUGCUGCUGCCGCGGCCCUCGCACACAAAGAGAAGGAAGGAUCGGACGCAGCCGAGGAAGAGGAAGAUACCAACUACACACAGUUCGACAUCUCCAUCGACACCGUCAACGUCACACUUUCGUUUUCCAGAUGGAUGAAUGGCAAAGGUAUCUUGAAAGAUGUGGAAAUUAAGGGUAUCCGCGGCGUCGUAGACCGCACAUCCGUCUACGCCAUCGAAGGCGUAGACCCGCGCUCUUACAAGCAUAACCAUGAGCCCGGAGAUUUCGAGCUCGAGUCGUUCAAGAUGGAGGAUUUGCUCGUCACCAUCUAUCAACCCCACAAGUUCCGUCCAUUCUCUGUGAGUAUCUAUAGCUGCGACUUACCGCAGCUGCGAAAGCAGUGGCUUUUCUACGAUUUCCUGUCCGCCAACAUGAUGUCUGGUUCAUUCGACAAUUCGCUCUUUACCAUUCAUCCGCGACAGACGCAUAAUUACACCGGCAUGCAGCUCAAAGACGGCCGUGAAACAGAUGACGGCUCUACCUGGAAGAAGCAGAGCCGCAUCCGCAUCGACGGCUUGAACAUUGACCACCUGAACCGCGGCUACGAAGGUCCAUUCUCCUGGAUCUAUGAAGGCAACGUGGACUUAAUAGCGGAUGUCAUGCUACCCAACGACGACGACGAUUCGCUUGCGAAGGUCAUGAGCGAUAUGUACGAUCGCGUAGAAGCAACUGUCACUCAAAAUCACGACCGUCACUACUCGGAUCACGCGGCGCAUGGAUUCGAUGAGCACCAGCAUCAACACGAUCCCCACGCACAGGAAAGUAAAGGAGAAGCUAGCGAGGACGACAAGCGGUUCGUCAUUAUGGAUGUACGAGUCCAUCUCAACGACGUGCGCGCUGCUGUGCCCCUGUUCACCAAGGACAUUUCCUACGUCAACAAUGCGCUUGUUCGACCUAUCGUCGCGUAUAUCAACACGAGGAAAACUUUCAUUCCCGUAAACUGCCGUGUCGUCAAGAGGGCAUCCGAGUUCGACGGUUCUUGGACUAUAUAUGAUAGCGGGCUGAUGGACGAUAUCUCAAGAGAGAUGUACGAUGCCUUCGCCCGCGACAUCACAGACGACAAUACCGCCCGCAAGCGCCGCAUAAAGAAAGUCGGCAUAUGGACGCUGCAGCUCGCAGCCCAAGCGCUGUUCUUGGGACUGGCGGGUAAUAUUGCGUGA